AUGAGUGACAAUGCUCACAGAAAUCCUAUGCCAAUCGAUGAUGAAUUACAAAGUACUAUUGCCGCCUCGUUUGGGCUGGAACUUAAUGAUCAUCAGACUUGUGCUGGCACUACAGUCACAUUUGAUGACGACGGUACGGUUUCACAUCACAACCAAGAUCCCUUUGCGAAUACAAGGAGUCGCACCGAUGCCAGAAGGAGAUUUCAUAAGACAAUCGAUGAAGUACCAAGUAUUGUUGGGCAUUUAUCAAAGGAACAGAAGGAGGAAGACGAAGAUUUUGAUGCUCGUUCUGCCAUCACAAUUGAUAGCAAGCAAGCGAGCAAUCUUGGUAUGAGACAAGACCCCUUCUCGAAUAGGAGGGGAAGCGAGGAUGGCAGAAGCGUAAUUCAUGAGACAAUUGAUGAAGUACAGUCGUCGAACGAAGAGGACGACACCAUUUCUGAAGCAAGUCCUGUAGGGCCACAUUAUGAUCCUAGACCGCCCUCCAAUGAAGCCUCAGCUCCACGACAUCAAGUUGCUCUAGAUGGUGACGACUUGUCUUUUGGAGUGGAAGCAGAUGGAGUGCCAUAUUUGCGACCGUCAGCGAAAACAGCAAACGAGAAAUUUGAUCGAGAACAACGACGUCUCAAAGAUGAACUCAGUCAACAGUUAAAAGCAAAGGGAGUGAUGGAUCCAGAGGUGACUAUGAUUUACAACAAGAUUACACAGCAACAGUUUGAUCAAGAAACAGGACGUUUAUGGGGUGAACUUGAUAACCAAUUGCAAGAAAAGGGUGUGGAAAAGGGCUUGAUGGACCGGGAUGUGGCAGGGACAUACAACGAGAUUGCACAGCACCUUUUCCGUAAAGGAAGAUUUGAGGAAGCCAUGGAAAUUUUUCAACAGAGUUUGAAAAUUGAAAAAAAAGUCUUUCAAUGUGAUGAUCAUCCGGAAAUGGCAUCUACAUUUCAUAAUAUUGCUAGUGUGUUGCGAAAUCAAGGCAAGUACGAGGACGCAAUGGAGCAAUACCAAACGGCGCUUGGGAUGAAAUUGAAGGCAAUUGGACCGGACCAUUUCGAAACGGCAAAAACAUAUCACUGUAUUGGAAACGUCUUGCGAGAUCAAGGCAAGUACGAGGAGGCCAUGGAGCAAUACCAAACGGCGCUUGAGAUCAAUUUGAAGGCUCUUGGACCGGACCAUUCCUCGACUGCAGACACAUAUCACGAGAUAGGAAACGUCUUGUACAAUCAAGGCAAGUACGAGGAGGCCAUGGAGAAACACCAAACGGCGCUUGAGAUAGAAUUGAAAGCACUUGGACCGGACCAUUCGUCGACUGCAGCAACGUAUCACGAGAUUGGAAAUGUCUUGCACAAACAAGGCAAGUACGCAGCUGCAAUGGAACAAUACCAAAGGGCGCUCGAGAUCCAAUUGAAGGCACUUGGUCCGUACCAUUCCUCAAUUGCAACAACGUAUCACAAUAUUGCUAGUUCCUUGCGGAAUCAAGGCAAAUACGAGGACGCAAUGGAGCAAUAUCAAAGGGCGAUUAAUAUGAAAUUGAAGGCACUUGGACCGGACCAUUCGUCGACUGCAGCAACAUAUCACCAGAUAGGAAACGUCUUGUCCAAUCAAGGCAAGUACGAGGACGCAAUGGAGCAAUGCGAAAGGGCGCUUGAGAUCCAAUUGAAGACACUUGGACCAGACCACUCAUCAACUGCUGCAACAUAUCACGAGAUAGGAAACGUCUUGUACAAUCAAGGCAAGUACGAGAACGCAAUGGAACAGUACCAAAUGGCGCUUGAGAUCAAAUUGAAGGCACUUGGGCCGGACCAUUCUUCGACUGCAACAACAUAUCACUGUAUUGGAAGCGUCUUAGAAAGUCAAGGCAAGAACAAGAACGCAAUGAAGCAAUACCAAACGGCGCUCGAAAUCAAAUUGAAGACACGUGGACCGUACCAUUCCUCAACUGCAGCAACAUAUCACAAGAUUGGAAACGUGUUGUGCAAUCAAGGCAAGUACAAGGACGCCAUGGAUCAAUGCCAAAGGGCGCUUGAGAUCCAGUUGGAGACACUUGGAUCGGAUCAUUCCUCGACCGCAGCAACCUAUCACGGGAUAGGAAACGUCUUUCGAAAUCAAGGCAAGUACGAGGACGCAAUGGAGCAAUAUCAACUGGCGGUUGAGAUCCAAUUGAAGACACUUGGACCGGGCCAUUCCUCGACUGCAAAAACGUACCACUCUAUUGGAAACGUCUUGCACAAUCAAGGCAAGUACGAGGACGCAAUGGAGCAAUACCAAAUGGCAUUUGAAAUCAAAUUGAAGGCACUUGGACCGGGCCAUUCGUCAACUGUAGCAACAUAUCACAAGAUUGGAAACUUCUUGCGAGAUCAAGGCAAGUACGAGGACGUAAGGGAGCAAUGCCAAAGGGCGUAUGAGAUUUUUGCAACGUAUCACGAGAUUGGAAAUGUCUUGGAAUACCAAGACAGCUUUUAG